UUGUGCAUCAGGCAAGUAAGGAGGGUGAUCAGCCGAAGAAAUGGGUGGUAGUGCGAGUAUCUUAACAAAGGAACAAUUGGAGGAGUACGCAGAACUGACCUAUUUAACCAAAUACGAAAUUCACUACAUUUUUACAAGAUUCCUCAAACUCGGACCAACGCAAAUUGCAACGGAUUUUCAUUUCCGUUUCAACUCUCACUACGUCAUGGAAGAAUUUCCGCAGCUUAAGUUUAAUCCAUUUCGAAAGGAAAUCUUUCGGAUUUUCUCCUCCCAAAAAGACGGACAUUUCUCAUUUGAGGACUUCCUGGACUUGUGCUCUGUUAUGUCCGAAAAUUGUCCACUUGAAGUGAAAGCCGCCUGGGCCUUUAGGAUACUCGACUUCAAUGGAGACAAUGAAAUCUCCCGGGAUGACAUUAUCGUUCUCCUGGAUCGUCUUACAGGCACUUCAAGACUAACUGAGGAUGAUAAAAAUCAAAUCUCUGACAUUCUCCUGCACGAAAUGGAUCUCCAACACACGGGAAGUAUGAGUCAAUUGGAAUUUCUACAUGCCAUGACAAAAAUGCCCGAAUUUGCGACUUCUUUCUCCUUUCGUCCAUAGCCAAAGGGAGAAGAAAGACAGCUCAUUGAGAAUUUUAUUUUAUUUUACUUUAUUUUAUUGUGCAAUUGAUGAUUCAAGUGGCAAUAUAUUGAGAAUUUUUCUAUCUUA